GACACACACACAGACACACACACACAGACACACACACACAGACACACACACACACACAUAGACACAGGCAGUACGCUAAGCACUACACUACCGUUCCCCCUACACAACACACGCGCGCGCGUCCAUAGGUACACAUACACGCGCUUGCUGCAGACACACACAUACACACACAUACAUAACCGCACAUACACACAAACACAUACACACACAUGCAUACACACAAACAUACACAUACAUACAAACACACACAUACAUACACACAAACACAUACACAAUACACACACACAUACAUACAGACACACACAUACAUACACACAAACACAUACAGACACAUACAUACACACAUACAUACAGACACACAGACAUACACAUAAACACAUACACACAUAGUCAUGACCCGGCUUUGCCCGGGACUUGUAUCCACCACGCCCGGCCGCCUUUGUCUCCCCAGUGGCGAUGUUAAUACGCCACACCAGUUACUCGUUUUGAGGCUGAGUCCCUCCCUCGCCACUCUGCCUCCCUCGCCACUCUGCCUCCCUCGCCAGUCUGUAGAGGACGUGAAAUUUGUAUGAAUUUACCUCAGAGUGGCGUGUUGGGUGUCGAGGCCUAGCACCGUGCACAAGCCUCCCGCCUUGCCUGAUUUUCCCACCCGGCGAACGCUGGGUACGGGUGCCGGUCCCCCCCCCCCCCCGCGCUAUUAAAAAUGGCGUCCACCCCGCGGAGAAAAGUUGCUACUCGUUGCCAGGGGCAACCGCCGUCCAAUGAAAGCGGCGAAGGCGUGGCUAGCCGUUGCCAGGGGCAACCGCCGUCCAAUGAAAGUGCAGUCCACACACACACACACAGACACACAGACAUGAACGAUUUUAUAUAUAUAGAUUAUUUCCUUCUACGUGAUGACUUUACCGAAAGAACCAAGAAAAUGUAUUAAAUGUUUAAUUAAUUGCCAAACGGCCAAUUAAUUAAAUAGGCCGGAAGUCUUCUUUAAUUAAUUGUCAAGCAGCCAAUGGGAAGCCGCGUGGUGUGAGGGGGCGUGGCCGGCGUUGAACCAAUCAGCGGACGUUUCUGAUACUUUUGUCAGCGACCAAUCAGGGAGCGGCGUCUCCGAGUCACGUGUUGCUCCUGCGGCGCUCGACGUGGUGACUGUCGGAGGAAGAGGGUGGUGGUUGUUGUUUGUGUUGUUGUUUGUGUUGUUGUUGUACACUACUAGUAUAUAUAGUAGAGAGUGUGUAAGUGGUGGUGAGUGUUGUGUUGUUGUUUGUGUUGUUGUUGUACACUACUAGUAUAUAGUAGAGAGUGUGUGAGUGGUGGUGAGUGUUGUUGUUGUUUGUGUUGUUGUUUGUGUUGUUGUUUGUGUUGUUGUUGGUAUCCGACAUGAGCUUGACCCGUCAAGAGGCCUACACGGCGCUGGGACUUCCCUAUGGAGCCCCUGAAGCAGAAAUUAAAUCCGCAUACAAGAAGCUUGCCCUGGAAUGGCAUUCAGAUAAGAAUAAUCACAGCAGUGACACUGCUGCCAUUAGAUUUCAGCAAGCUACAGGAGCAUACCAACUCCUUGCUGCGGAGAAAACGGAGGCUCACAUGAGCUUGGAGGACAUACUGGAUUUAUUGAACGUGAUGUUUUUUGGAGCUAUGGGUGGAUUCCCAUUUCAUCGUCAGCGUUUUGUAUUCUCCAAUGGAGAUCGAGACAAGUUUUGCAUCUCGGAUGACGGCAAUGUGGAUGACCUGUUGAACCCAAGCGGGGGUUCUCACGAACCCAGCGCCUAUCCCUGCCAGAGCAGCCGUGAACCCUGCCAUGGCACGCAAGCCAGCAGCAGCAGCAGUAACACCUCCACAGCUCACACGGAAGCAAAUCAUAAUGCAGCAGAUCUUUUCCAGGAAGAGGAAAAUGCAAAAACGAAGACUGAGACUAAACAGAAGAGGCGGAGGGAGAGAAAGCGGCAAGAGAGAGGAAGGAAAGAGCGGCACGAGAAGCCGGAAGACGACGACGGAGAGGCUCCCGCCAGCGCUGUACCCCAGGAACCACGUCUUGACACGUUAACUCGACGCAGCAUAAAGAUUGCAAUACAAGGUAAUCGCUUGGUCAGAACACAGAGUUAUGCAGAAGCCAUUGACAAGUUUACCGACGCAAUUAGCUUAUGUCCGCGAGAUCAUCGAUUUUAUGGAAAUCGGUCAUUUUGUUUGGAACAUCUUGGAUUGUACACUGAUGCCUUGUUCGAUGCGGAGAUCGCUAUAUAUCUAAACCCAACAUGGCCCCGGGGAUACUUCAGACAAGCGCGGGCUUGCAUUGGACUGAAG